CCCAAACUUGACGUUUGUUACAAUUUUGCUUCGUUCAAGUUUUAGGUUCCUUUUAAUGCUUGAUAAUACGCUGCAGAUUUUAUAAUUUGUUACCGAUCACUUGAUUGGUUGAUACUAACAUUAAUUACUUUGUAUGUGACAGUAAAAUUCAUUUUACUCUGAAACUCAUCUCAUGAUCAGUUAUUUCUUAUUCAUAUUAGGCACAUAAGAACUCAGUUCCCGCCAAAUGAACGAACCACCCCUGGAUCAUUUAAACGGCGGCGUUUUAACCUCAAGCUUUCCCCGGGUUCUCUGCAACGGUUCAAUUUUCCCGCUAAAAUUAUUUCCAUACCCUUUUUUUCCCAUUCUGUUCCUCUCCUUCCUAAUUCCCGUCACCCUAAAAAAAGAGCUCUUCCCUGACCAAUAUGCAGCGUCCAAUUCGAACCACCCAAGAAAUUCUUCCCAAUAUAUUCCUUGUGAGAACAAAGAUGGAAGAAACCGCCCAAAGAUCCCAAAUUUCCACCUUCCCGAAUCCCACCGUACCGGCACCGGCGGCCACCGCUUCCCCGCCGCGUUCCGAUCCGCCGCCGACAUGGGGAUCCUCUACGGGAUGGUGGCCAGAGGCCGGGUGGUGUUGGCCGAGUUCAGCGCCGCGCAGACCAACGCGGGUCAAAUUGCCCGCCAAGUACUCGACAAAUUGCCCCAAGGAAACGACGACACCAAUUCCUCCUAUUCCCACGACCGCUACGUCUUCCACGUGAAGCGCACUGACGGCGUCGCCGUCCUCUGCAUGGCCGACGAUGCGUCAGAGAGGAGGAUCCCUUUCGCGUUCCUCGAGGACAUCCACGGCCAGUUCGUCCGGACGUACGGCCGGGCAAUCAGCUCGGCCGCCGCCUACGCGAUGAACGACGAGUUCUCGAGGGUGCUGAGCCGGGAGAUGGAGCGUUACUCGAAUGAUCCCAGGGCGGAUAGGCUGGAUCGUAUCAGGGGCGAAAUGCACGAGAUGCGGAUAGUGAUGAUAAACAACAUCGAGAAAGUGCUGGAGAGAGGUGACCGGCUAGCGGUCCUCGUCGACAAAACUGCGGCGAUGCAGGGGAACUCGAUUCGGUUCAGGAGGCAGAGCCGCCGGUAUAGAAACGCCAUGUGGUGGAGAAAUGUCAAGCUUUCUGGUUCUAUUUCUCCAUUCCUUCUUCCUCUCUGCUUCAGCUGAGGGCGCCAAUGGGACAUUCUGGAUUUCACUAAUGUUUCUAGUUCUUGGGCAGGGUUAUACUCUCUCUUUGUAUACCUUCAUUCAUUAGGAAGUCUCUUUAAGGAUGGGAUUUUUUUUUUUUUUUUUGUGGGGAGAUGGGAAGGUGGAUUUGUUUCUCCCCUCUGAGAAUUUUGACUCUUUUUGAGAUGGUUUUCUUGUUUUAUUUUGUAGAUGAUUUUCUAUUCAAUCUCAUCAUAAAUCUUAACAUGGAACAUUGAAUCAUUUAUACACAUUAUUGAAAAGUAAGGUUAAAAAAGUGUUAAGUUUUGG